AUGAGAUCGCCUAACAAUAAGCCAAAUCUUCAGCACAAAGCAUUCUAUGAUGACUGUUGUAUAUUUAAUUCCUGUGAAACACAGUCGCAGCGUGAAUCCGUCACCGGAGUUAAUCUGUGUCCGAAGAAGCUCAGCCUGUACAAAGAAGUGCACCGCUUCUACAAUCACCUCAAUAUACUGGAGGAAGACCACAACCCUACAGUGAGUAUUGUUGUAAAGUAA